AUGGAAGUCAUGUCUUAUCAGACACCAGAGGAUUCACACUGGAGAGAAGCCAUAUCAGUGUUCUGA